GAGCACCACGGUGCGCUGCGCCCUCUGAUGGUGGAACCAGGGAACAGCCCGAGUCUCCUCCUCCUUCACUUCCCCAUUAGACUGGUCAGACGGGAAGUAGGCGCCGAGGCUGUGCUCAGGUCAGAGGUCUCUGUAGAGGAACAGCGCCGAUAUGAGCGACAUUAAACGCGGCGAAGCGCCUGCGGUCAGGGCGGGCGAGGAGAGCGGGGCAGAGAAGGACUGGGCAGCGGCCAAAGCUUUUUACGACAGUCUAAAGACUAAAAAACCGAGACCUCCCAAACCCAGCACUGCAGUGACGAUCGCGGUGUCCUCGCGCACUCUGUUUGACAUGGUGGAGGAGAGGAGGGUGUGGGAGCAGGAAGGCCUCGAAAGGUAUGUGUCUUAUCAGCAGGAGCACGAAGAGGAGCCUCUGAAGCCUGGAGCAGCUUUCCCUUUCGUCAAGGCUCUGAUGACGGUGAACUCUCGUCUCAGAACUCUGUACCCCGACAGCGAGGAGCUGUUUGAUAUCGUUCUGAUGACCAACAACCAUGCGCAGGUGGGGGUCCGGCUCAUCAACAGCAUUAAUCACUACGAUCUGCUGAUAGAGCGGUUCUGUAUGACAGGGGGGAAAAGCCCGAUCGAUUACCUGAAGGCCUACCUGACCAACCUGUACUUGUCCAAAGACUCGGACAAAGUGCAGGAGGCCAUCGAGGCAGGAAUCGCUGCAGCCAUCAUGUUCACUCCGGACAUGGAGACGGUGCUGAGCGAGACGCAGUUGCGCGUGGCGUUCGACGGAGACGCCGUGCUCUUCUCAGACGAGUCCGAGAUCAUCGUCAAGCAACAUGGCCUCGACACGUUCUUCGCUCACGAGAGGCAGAAUGAGAACAAACCGCUUGCUCAGGGUCCUCUGAAGUGUUUCCUGGAGGCUUUGGGGAAGCUCCAAAAGAAGUUUUACGCUAAGAACGAGCGUCUGAACUGCCCGAUCAGGACAUACCUGGUGACGGCGCGCAGUGCGGCGAGUUCGGGGGCGCGAGUGCUGAAGACCCUAAGGAGCUGGGGGCUGGAGAUCGACGAGGCCCUGUUCCUCGCCGGAGCUCCGAAAGGACCUCUACUGCAGAAGAUACGACCACACAUCUUCUUCGAUGAUCAGAUGUUCCACAUCCAGGGAGCGAAGGAGCUGGGCACCAUUGCGGCCCACGUGCCUUAUGGGAUAGGGCAGAAAUACGACAAAGGCAAACUGAUCGAGCAGCCGGCCAAGCGGAGCUGAAAGAAUCGGUACAGAGGGGUCAUAUACACACAUCACGAGCACUUAUUAAAUAAUAAUGACACGACUGUUUAACGCAUGACGCACACUGUGUGAGUAUAUAUAGCCUGUAUAUGUGAACACUGCACAUCAUGCGUUUGAGGACACCUUCACUUUUUAGUUUAACUCCGUGAUCAUAAGCUCUGGGUUCUUUUAAUCAGUGGAACUCUGCAGGUGGUCAGCACUACUGUGGUGUCUCCAAACUAUUGAUGGGCAGAGUUCAUCAAAAUGUUCUCUGCAGAACUUCAGCAAACAGAACUGUAUAAUCUGAUGUUUGUUUAGGUUCUGAAUCAUGUGUACUGGGUUAUUUUCUUAUUUUAUUCAACAGGACUUUUAUAAACAGUUUUUAUUGUAACUGGUUGCUAUUGAUGCUAUUUUUUCAAAGGAAGUAAUAGGAAUUUUAUCAUUUUUUAGGGAAGGCAAAAGUAUUUUAUAUUUAUAUUUUAUAUGUAAUCACUUUUUCAGAAGAAAUAUGACGAUGGUUUACAUUAUCUUUUUAUAUUUUAUCUACAACAUGCUGUAAAGACACCCCAGCACACUGCUGUGGGAACAGGUCAGGGUUUAGAUCCUUUUUACAUUUGAAUCAGUUUCUCUAUAAAAGCCUGUUUUAACAGUCAUGACUGUGAUGUCAUAAUCUGAUCAGUCCUGUCAUGAUGAUCAGUUUAGGUUGUAGAGUUAAAACAGAGUUUACAGAAGCAGUUUAGAGCACAGACGUUGUUUAAACUUUAACUCGGACUUCUUUACAGUCCGAACCAGCACUGAAGACUCAAUCGACAAAUCUGUAUCAAUGUUUGAUUUGAUUAUUAAACAGUGCCUUCAUUACAGAUUUUGAUGUCGGUGAAUAAACUGAAACUGAUCAAAACACUAAAGUUAUAGUCAAUAUUGGUGGCAGAACUAAACUGGUUUGCAUUUUGUAUCAUUCAGGCUCUCUUUUUAUAUCUUUAUGAAUAUGUAUGAAUAUGAAUUUUUAAUGCUCUUGUUAGUGCUCUUGUGUUUGUGCUGUAUAUUUUCAGAAUAAACUCUACAGUUCAUUCCA